CACACUUUCUUUGAAAUCUAACUUUCAUUUUCGCGAAUAGGGGAGGCGUCCGGCCCAGGGUCUGACUCCACCCUCCGGCCUUCCCCAGGGCCCCAACCAGCGAAUGGCCCUUGUCCUCUGCGCGAGGAGGGUCCCGAUGAACCUUUGCGAUGUCUCUGGAGAGCCCGGCCGCUCUAAGGAGAGAGGAGGCCCCUUAAGCGCAAAGGACCGAGUGCUGUAAAGACACAUUGAUGUCGCCAACAGCACAACGCUGCAGUGAACGCACUUCUCUCUGUCCAGGCACCUCCCGCCAAGGAUUACUGGGAUCCCGGCCACCCGGCGCCCACGCACCUGGCAGAGGGUCCGUACCCGCUCCGGGUGCUUCCAGAUCUAGCGCUCCCGAAUUCGGGGGGCUUCCAGGAGCUGCCCAAUUCCAGGUGGUCCCGGUUCCAGCGCUCCCAGGCCUCUCCGCUCUGGGCGCCGACGUCCUGGCGAACGCGAGUGUAACCCGGUCCCCUCCGGCCUCCAGAGGCCGCGCCCCGCACCCGGCGUCCCAAGGGCCGAGCGCCUCUAGUGGAGACCGCUGCGGCGUGGCAGCGGGAACCCGGGGGCGGGCUCGGGCUUGAGCCGGUGGUUUCACUUCCAGAAUCAGCCCGCAGGUUCAGGAUGUUUUAAGUUUCUUCUUUCAGGCGGGUUUUGGCCAAGAAGUGUAACUCCAGAGUCGGAACUUGGGACGGAAUGGAAAAGCUGAUCCUAAAAUUCAUAUGGAAUUGCAAUGAAGUCAGAAGAGCCAAAACAAUAUUGAAAAUGAAGAACAACACUGGGAGGACUCCUAGCUUUUCAAUUUGAAAAUUUAAUACAAAAGUACAAUAAUCAAAAUGGUGCAAGACCAUUCCUCUGUAGCUCAGGAGAGCAUCCCAUCUCCCCUGGUCUGCUCUCAGUAUUCUGGCAACUUUGUGCUCUCACUGCAGUUCUUUGUGUUCUACAUUAUCCUCUCCCUUCCAAGUCUAGCUGGAUUGCAGAGUUAAGUUU